CAGAGGGAGACCGGGCAGCACAGAGCUGCACCCAGACAGGGAAGGGACAUCUUCUGGCAUCCCCGGGGCCAGCCUGGGGCAACGGGCAGUGCCAGCCCUGGGAGAGGGCACAGUAAGUACCCAGCAAGAAUAACUGGAGUGGGCAUGGUACCUGCUAUCAGCUCCUGCACUCACUCACUCACCAUGCCAUAAGGGUUAGCGGAGCCCAGCAGCCCUGACAGUACACCCGGAGUAUGGACAGCCUGGACCUGGCUCUGUUACAGGAAUGGGACCUGGAUGACCUCUGUGGGUAUGACCAGGACAAAAAUCUGCUGCGUAGAAAAGAAUGGGAACGAAGGACUCAAGAACUGCAGGAAGGUGAUGAUGAUUUUCAUUCAAAUUAUCCCCUAUUCAGUGAACCUUAUAAGACAAGCAAAGGAGAUGAGCUUUCUAACCGAAUCCAGAGUACACUCGGAAACUAUGAAGAGCUGAAGGAUCUGUUGACUGAUCAAUCCAAUCAGAGUCAUCUUGUUGGUAUUCCAAAGUCGGACACCUCACAAAACCCUGUACAAAGGGCAGAGGAACAUAUCUCAGAGCAUCCAAGAGAUCUACAUUACACACUGUGUGGUACUGUUCAAACAGGAAACAUACCCAUCACACUGUCUGUGCAGCUCAACAAUCGAACCACCAUGAACUGGCCAAAACCUGGACAUUCCUCCGAGAGCCAGGAAAUUAAAAGCAAGGAUGACCAAAGAACAAUCGAUUCUUCUGUUGACUUUACAAAUGGACACCAAAACCAUGUUACAGAUAAAAAUAGAGGCUUUUCAUUGAGCCCUUCGGUAAUCAUGUCAUCCUGUAAUGACCUUCAGCAAAACAUGUUGCCUUGCACCCUGGAGGGUUCAGUCAAUAAACAGAUGCCUCUUUCAAAGUUGAAUGGUGGUUUAGAGUUGGCAAUUUCCAUUAAGGAGAAUUCUUGCACCAAAACUAGCAGUGGCACACAUUCAACACAAAACUUCCCAUCUUCUAUUACAUCAAAGUUAAAUGCAGUGCAACAAAAGCCUACAGCAUAUGUACGUCCAAUGGACGGUCAAGAUCAGGCACCAAAUGAGUCACCAAAACUUAAAGCAUCAAGUGAGAGUGAUCUCCUCUUCCCUUUAUUCAGAGGCCUAACUAAUAAACCUGACUGUGAAAUAACGCAGAGUGACAAAAGAGAAACAUUGACAGAUCCAGACCCAGGAGAGGAUAAUCGCCACACCAUCACAGGAUUUAGCAACCCAAAUCAUGAUGAUUUGAAGGUCAGAAGCCCAAUAAGUUGUGCAGCUCAGAUUUCGACAUUAGCUGAUGACCUGAAGCUAAGCAGUGACGAGGAGGACAUUGAUCAGCAAGCAGCCCAGGGACCAGCCGUCAGAAUCCAAAGCGACAGUGUUUGCAGUGCUGUGGUUCAGGAAUGCAGCAGCCAUCCCUCCUUGGUCUCCAUCAAAGGAUCGAGUAGCAGCUCCAGCGAAUCUGACACUAGCUCUGAAUCCGACUCGGAGAGUGCCAGCAGCUCCAGCGACAGCGAAAACUGCAAGCCCUCUGGCUUCGACAGUCCUGAGCCUGAACCUCCAACAUCGAAUAAGUGGCAGUUGGAUAAAUGGCUAAAUAAAGUUAAUCCACACCGGAGUUCCAUCCUCAAUCAUACGCAUGGUGGCCUGUCUUAUGAUGGGGACAAGGAAUCUCUAAAAGGUUGUGAAAAAGUUAUUGAUGAUUGUAAAACAAUUUCCAACAGCAAGGAUAUCGAAAACCCUGGGAACGAAGACCAAAGGCAAAGGACAACUUGCACAGUCCCAUCAAAUAAAGUAGUAAGAGUAAAAACUUCUGUUCCCAUUACACUUUCCUUUCCUACAGAAAGCACUUCUCGGAGACGUCCAAUUUGCCGAAAGCUAACAAGGAGGGCAGAAAGGACAUCUAGUGGUGAAAAUCGGAAUUGCAACACAUCAUUUGAUACUUCCUUAAGCCAAGGAAAUUUGGGAAGUGAUAUUGCUGAACUAACUAAAAAUAGACUAAUUUGUAGCAGGGGUUUGCACAAAAAAGAAGCUAGUCUAGCUAUACUUGGGUGUGAGCGUAAGCAGGCAAGGGGACCCAGCAGAUUCGUUCGUAAAGAAAAGGAAUUCUCUGAGUCUUUAUCACAAUCUUUAGAUGAUGGCAGAGAAACUGAACUAGAGGUGUCUCCUCUUUCCAAAAGUAUAUCAUCGACCGCAUUAUCUGAAACUGAAAAUAACUGCAGAUUAAAAGAUUGUGGGAAUAAUAAUAUUGUCAAGCCUAAUUCUUGCUGUACAACGGCCUUUGCCAACUCUAGGACUACAAGCGAUAUAACUCAGGACCUGGAAGAACAAUUGUAUACAUUAGUUCCCUUUGGCAGGAAUGAUAAUGUGCAUUCUUUGAAGGGCAGUGAUGAAGUAAAGUCCCUGUGGGUCAGAAUUGAUUUAACGCUUUUAUCAAGAAUUCCAGAAGGACUUUCCCACGAAACCUUUGUCAUGAAUUCCAAUAGAAAAGAGGCACUCUCAUCACCUCAAAAUGGAGGUUUCACCUCAGUGUCAGAUAGUACUUUGAUGAAAAUGCGAAGGAAGCGGAAGUUUGAAAAUGAGUGUUCUCAGGACGUGAAGAAAAACUAUAUGGAAAAGGAUGGCUGUAUGCAACCAACUCUUUCAAUUGACAACUCAGAUUCCAUUAACAAGCGCACAACAACCAGAACAAACUUCAACAGGGAUGAGGUAUCUGCAAGCAAAACAAUUGGUGGGAACAUGCUACCUCCCUUUAUACCUUCCAACAGAAACCGCAGGAUUGAAAGUCAAACACAUGUUCAACAGAGAUCGUCUAGCGUUCCCUCAGACAGUGCAACUGUGUUUAAUAGAGAGGACCUGCCAUCAGGCCAGUGGUCACCUCUGUCCAAUGGGCACAAAGAUUCAAGGAAAGCUAAACAGUCACUUGACAGCCGGACUUGCAAUGCAGAUUAUUUUAUGCAGGAAGCUAAACGGAUGAAGCAUAAAGCAGAUGCAAUGAUGGAUAAAUUUGACAAGGUUCUAAACUACACUGAAGCAGCCCUUUCAUUCAUUGAAUGUGGGAAUGCAAUGGAACAUGGACCCAUGGAAUCCAAAUCUCCAUACACAAUGUAUUCUGAAACAGUGGAACUCAUUAGGUAUGCCUUGAGGUUAAAAUCACAUUCAGGUCCAAACGCAAGUACUCAGGAUAAAAAAAUAACAGCAUUAUGCUAUCGUUGUUUGGCCCUUUUGUACUGGAGAAUGUUUCGACUAAAGAAAGAUCAUGCUGUGAAGUAUUCCAAAACUCUUAUUGAUUAUUUCAAGGGUUCAUCUAAAGUUCCUCAGGCAUCCUCAAGCUGGAUUAGCAAUGGCAAGGCCACGGGAGCCCCAUCUCCCACCUCUCCCAGUCCUUCUCCAUUGAGCUCUACUGGAUCUCAAGGAAGAAACACCAGCACUGGGACUCCCUCCAGCAAUUCUAUAAUCAGCAUCCCCCAGCGCAUUCAUCAGAUGGCGGCCAACCAUGUCAGUAUUACCAAUAGCAUUCUGCACAGCUAUGAUUACUGGGAGAUUGCUGACAAUCUCGCCAAAGACAACAUAGAGUUCUUUAAUGAGUUGGAUGCAUUGAUGGGACCUAUCACCUUGCAUAGUUCGAUGGAACACUUGGUGCGAUACACACGUCAAGGACUCCACUGGAUACGACAUAAUCCGCAUCUGCUCUAGUGACUCUUGAUGCUUUUAAAAUUACAGCAUCUUUUUUUUUCUAUUGAACUAUAAGGUUUCCAAACACUGCGCUCUGAAACAACACAUGUCUUCAAGGUGGCAAUUAAUUCCACAGUGCUGGAAAGUUUUCUUGUCUUGCUUGGGUUUCAGACAUGAAAGGAAGGUUUGACAGCUGGUCAUGUUCCCAGAUCCAACCACAUGAUGAUUUGGUAAUUUUAUACCAAGUUUUCCAGAAUACUUUUGCUACAAGAAAUGAUCACUAGAGCACUUUGCCACAAAUAUGGUUGCCAUGUAGAAGAGUUGUGUGUCAUUGCACCGCAUUAUGGAUUAAACCAAGUGAAUAAUCAAGAGCCGUGUGAUGGAUCAAACUUUACCCUGCUCAUGCUGCAUAAAAGACACAUAUUCCAUUUAUCCAAAAGAGAUUAUUCUGAUUAUAUUAUAUUAAUGGUAUAAUUUUAAGAAAAUUGUUUUAAAUAAAUAUUUCUUAUAUCUG